GCGCAGAUCCGGAAGCGCCUGUGACGGAUAUAGCGGAAGUCUUGCCUUAGUUCCGGUCUCUAUCGUACAGGCCGCUGGGGAAGAUGACGAAGGGAACAUCGUCAUUUGGAAAGCGCCGCAACAAGACGCACACUCUGUGCCGUCGCUGCGGCUCCAAGGCCUACCAUCUGCAGAAGUCAACGUGUGGCAAGUGCGGGUACCCCGCAAAGCGCAAGAGAAAGUACAACUGGAGUGCUAAGGCCAAGAGACGCAACACUACCGGCACUGGCCGUAUGAGACAUCUGAAGGUUGUGUACCGCAGGUUCAGGAAUGGAUUCCGUGAAGGCACAACGCCCAAACCCAAGAGAGCCGCAGUGGCAGCCUCAAGCUCAUCUUAAGGACAAAUAUUUGUUAAAAUAAAUGUUGCUAAAAAUG